AUUGCGGAGAGUCUGAAGCAAAAGCGGGGAUGGGGAACUGAAACCAAUGAAGAUUGAAGAGUGAUUAGAGAUAGUGACGUUAUGGGAAAGGCAACGGCAAGGACGACGCCACUGCUCUUGCAAUCGAAGCUGCUCUGUUUCUCUCUGCUCUACCUCUUCUCCUCCCUCUUCCUCGCCCUCUACACCUCUUUCUCCUCCAAUGCCAAUUCCAAGUGCCUCUUCCGCUCUUCGCCCUUUGACCCCAUCCAGUCCCCUCUCUUCUCCUACCCCUCCUCCUAUGGCGAGCACAAGCAUGCCGUUCCCACUCUCCGCUCCUCCUGUUCCUCCCCUGUUUUCUUCUCCGAGUACUUCGUGGCGUUCAAGGAAAUCCGAGAAUUAUGCCGGAAUUCAAGCUCUUCGGGUAAGAAUUUGAGGUAUUUGCAGGGGAAGGCGAGGAGUUUCGGUGGGAAUUUCGAUGUGUGGGAGAGGGUUUCGUCUUUCGAUCAUUCCGACGAUGCUGGAUUUGAGGUUCCCUGCGGGUUCUUCAAGGAUUUUCCAGUCAGUGAUCAUGAUCGAAAGGCGAUGGAAAAUUGUGCCGGAGUGGUUGUGGUCUCAGCUAUUUUUGGUGACCAUGACAAAAUCCGGCAGCCAAAGGGCCUUGGCUCGAAAACCCCAGGUUUUGUUUGUUUCUUUAUGUUUGCAGAUGAUUCCACACUCAGAACACUUGAUUACCACAACUUAAUUCCAAAAGAUUCCAACGAGUACAGCAUUGGCGUUUGGAGAAUUGUAAGAGUCUCGGUUGAGCGUCUGUAUGAGAGUGCGGCGAUGAAUGGGAUGAUACCAAAAUACUUAGUUCAUAGACUCUUCCCAAACUCGAAAUAUAGCAUUUGGAUAGAUGCAAAGCUGCAGCUUGUGGUUGAUCCGUUGUUGUUGAUUCAUUCGCUUGUUAUAUCUGAGAAUGUGGAUAUGGCUAUUUCUAGACAUCCAUAUUACAUUCACACUAUGGAAGAAGCCAUGGCAACUGCAAGGUGGAGGAAAUGGUUUGAUGUGGAUUCAUUAAAGAAGCAAAUGGAGACAUACUGUGAGAAUGGCUUGCAGCCUUGGACACCCAAAAAGCACCCCUACCCUUCAGAUGUUCCAGACAGUGCCCUAAUACUAAGAAAGCACAGUGUGGGGAGCAACCGCUUCUCCUGCCUACUGUUCAAUGAACUGGAAGCAUUCAACCCAAGAGACCAACUGCCAUUUGCAUAUGUGAGGGACAAGAUGAAGCCAAAGCUGAAGAUGAACAUGUUUGAAGUGGAAGUGUUUGAACAAAUUGCAGUUGAGUACAGGCACAACCUAGGACCUGGUGGUGGGUCCAGCAGCAGGAGGACAAAGAGGGCUGUUUCUGGUGGUUUUGUUAAUGGCAGCAGCAAUAGCAGAUGUGAGAGCUAUCUUUUAGAGAUGUGGGGGGAACCCCAUGAUUGACCUAGUUUUUGUCACUUUGGUUGAAUUGAUUAAAGAAUCCGCCCAACUAACCAGCCACCCAUCUUGCACAGAGAAAAGCUGACAAAUUGGAACAGGUUGGUGCUUCACAGUUACGUAUAUUUUAUUUGAAAAAAGAAUAAAUUAGAGAAAGAAUGGAUAGAAGAGAAAUAGGAUUUACGAUGCAUUUUAAGAUCAUAUUGUAAUUGCGUGGUCGGGUAGGGUUGGGUCUGGAGGUAUAUUUUAAGUCCAGCCUGGUCGGAAAAUUGUAUAUUACAUGGAUAUUUGCAUUCAGCAUUCACAGUUAUAUUUUUAAUCAUUUUUUCAAUCCGAAGUAACAAUUUAUUUUUCUGUGGAGCUA